AUGAGCCAGGAGUACUUUUCGCCAAAGGGCAAGUCAGUCCGGAGGCGUAACGGCAGCAACGACAACGGCGAACCCGAAAACGCGUCGAGUUCGAGCCACCCGGCCGCUCCGGUUUCCCCUAUGGCGUCAGCUGUUCCAGGUUACAUGACCGUCGGUAACGGCUCGUCAUCACAAUAUGCCGGCCAGCUCCAAGCGAUGCUCGAACAAGACUCUGGUUACGGCGGCAGCAUUGUUGGUGACGAAGUCAGCCCCACCAUGUCUGGCCCGGGCGCCUCGACUUGGGAUUCUACUAUCCAUGCGGAUAGGCCAAUGCAUUCUUAUGGUUCCUCCUCGAACCACAGCACUGCCAACAACCGCACCCAGGCCAGCGCUGUUCAUCAACUCUGGUACAACCAGCACCGAGCAACCCUCGGCCGCGCCAUCAGCACAGUCGUGGAGCUUUUGAAAGAGUUGCAGGACAAGAAUACAGUAUGGCCCGCUCAUUACCCGUCAGUCCAGCGUGUUGCGCUUGACACACCUUUGAGCCCGACCUUGAGACCCGGUAUUCCUCACACUUAUUCAACCGCUGAGGAUCUCGCCACUGCAUCGUCCUUCGCUGCACCAGCCCCUAUGCUCCGGCGAGCCAUGACCUCACUCGAAGACGCCGCCGCCGAAUCGAGUAGCGCCGCCGAAAACAGGUCGCUGACUGUCGAGCCGCGGCUCGUCAGUCCUCAAAUCGCCCGGGAGUUUUCCGUGUUGAAGCUGGACUUGAAGCUGGGUGCACUCAGCCAGGCCGAGUUGGUUCAUUCGUUGGAGAAGAGCUCGAUCGCUUCGCUACUGGACGGCAAGAUACAAUCGAGCAUCAAGCAUCUGCAGUCUCUCCGGGAACGCAUAGAAGAUACAUCAAGCAAGGUACUGGUGACGGGCGACCUCAAUGCGGGCAAGUCGACCUUCUGCAACGCAUUGCUGCGGCGGAAAAUCCUCCCCGAAGACCAGCAGCCCUGCACAGGCAUUUUCUGCGAGGUGCUCGACGCGAGAGAGAACUGCGGCAUCGAAGAGGUCCACGCCGUUCACAAAAAUACCAUCUACGACCGGCACGACGAAACAACCUACGAUGUCUUCUCUCUUCAGCAACUGGACAAGAUCGUCGUGGAGAGCGAGAUGUACCUGCAAUGCAAGGUCUACGUGAAGGACGCCCGAACCAUCGACGAGUCGCUACUCAACAACGGUGUUGUGGACAUUGCACUUAUCGAUGCCCCGGGCCUCAACAUGGACACCACCAAAACCACAGCCAUUUUUGCACGACAGGAGGAGAUUGACGUCGUCGUGUUUGUCGUCUCUGCCAGCAACCAUUUCACCCAGACCUCAACCGAGUUCAUCAGAGCGGCCGCUGCCGAAAAGGCUUAUCUCUUCGUCGUCGUAAACGGCUACGAUACGAUCCGGGAUAAGGAGCGGUGCCAGAAACUGAUUCUCAACCAGAUCAGGAGUCUGAGCCCUGACACGUUCAAGGAAUCCGCUGAACUAGUCCAUUUCGUAUCGAGCACGGCCAUUCCCGUUGCGCGGGCACCUCCUGGCGGCCCCGGCGGUCCCGGGGGUGGGGGUUCCGGGAGCUCCGGUGGCGGUGGGUUUGACGAUCCCGGGGAUGACGACCCAAAAGGAAAGGGCAAGAAGAAGGAGAUGGAACGAGACUUCUCCGCCCUGGAACAGUCCCUGCGGAGGUUCGUCCUGGAGAAGCGUGCACGCUCCAAGUUGGCCCCGGCGAAAACGUACCUGAUGAACAUCCUGAACGACGUGAAUGUGCUGGCUACCGUCAAUUCAGAAGUCGCCCAAUCCGAGUUCGACCGGGUAAACCAGGAGCUGCAGGAGAUCGAGCCCCAGCUCGAAUCGAGCAGGCGGGCAAGGACCGAGAUGAGCGAGAAGAUCGACCAGACCAUUGAGGGAACCUGCAAAAACGUGUACGACUACUCCCGCUCGACAAUCAACUCCGCCAUCGCUCAAGCGGGGGAAGGGAACCUCGGAAUCACCUACCCCGGUGUGUUUGGUGCAUUUCAGUAUGCCGACGACCUCAAGGAGGCUAUGCUUUCCCAGAUCGCAGCCUCGGUCGUACAAUGCGAGGAGCACGCCCGCAACAAAACUGUCUCCAGUGUCAAUUUGAUCAAGCAGUUCGGUCUCCUCCACCUCGGAAACGAGUACGAGAACCUCAACUUCAAGUCAGACGUCAUGUUCCAACACAAGAAGCAUGCCCUAGCGCGCCAAGUGGACAUUGCCACCGAGUUCUGGGACUUUGUCGACUGGUCCACGCUCCUCCAGAGAGAGGAAAAGGCCGGCAUGGCCUUGACCGUCGCCGGCGUGGUCGGCACCGGUGUGGUCAGCGGGUACGGCCAGAUGAACAUCGCUCUUCGCGUUGCUCAGUUGUUGGGGAGUGACAAUAUGCGCCGACUGAUUGUUCCCGGUGUAGUCGCAGCAGCGACGGCAAUGGCCUUCUACGUCCUCAGCCAGAUCCCUCACUCACUCCCGCACCGUCUGAAUGCCAAGAUCGCAAGCCAACUUGCGGCGCUAGACUACGUCCACUCCAACAGCAACCGCAUCUCUAGCACCGUGCGCAAGGUUCUCCUCAUCCCCGCCAACUCUCUGCGGGUCGGCCUCCAGCGCUCCGUCGAGCAGCUCGACACCCGCCGCGACGAGACGGUCAAGGUGCGCAAGGAAAGCAGCGACGCCCUCAGGUACUUUGGCAACCUCGUCCAGAGGAGCGCCCACCAGCGCCGCCAGGUCGAGACCGUGGACCUGGACGCGCACCCGCCUGGCGCUCAGGGUGGCUUCUAA